AUGGAGAAAUUGGUCGUAAAAAUGAUGAUAGUCGUAGUAGUAAUAUUUGCAGUGUGCUGGCUUCCGUUUCAUAUGUACUUCAUAGUGACGUCCUAUCUGCCAGAAAUUACAAAUGAACCGUACAUCCAGGAGGUCUUUCUAGGCAUAUAUUGGCUGGCGAUGUCCAAUAGCAUGUACAACCCUAUAAUUUAUUGUUGGAUGAAUACUAGAUUCCGCCGUGGCUUCGCCCAAUUCUUCUUCUGGUGUCCGUGGGUGCGUGUGACAUCGGAGCCGUCUCUGUCGCGUUCGGAGGCCGUGACAUCCAGAUACAGUUGCACCGGUAGUCCGGACAUGCACACCAGAAUAUCGCGGAAUGGCACGGUGCGAAUACCACUGCACCUGCAAUCAGUGAGAGGCGGAAACGACCGGCUGUUGGCUCAUCGCGAUCAUGGCAAAAAAUGGAGGACUUCGCAGACCAGAGGACAUGUGUCCUGACAAGAGGAAGAAAACUCUCAGCAACAACGAGUACACACCUGGAUAUGAAAAUAUCUAACUCUCCUUUAAUGCUGGCGCUCUUUCCGUCAACCAACGAUGCAAUCGGCUCAAUUGCACCUGCGUUUUGCAGCAUCCUGGGAAGGAGCGAUUUUUUCCCGCUAUCAAGCUAGUCCUUGUAUAACAC